GUCAAUGGCGUCAAUUUUUCACACGUCCAACGACAUUUAGCGGUUUGAUAUUUUUCCUUGUGAGAUUUCUUCGAUUUUACCUAAAAUUCCUGUUUUAAAAGAGUAAAAUCGACUUGGUAGAGAGAUAUUGAAUCAUAUUCUGGUGGAAAGAGUUUAAAGAAGCAAUGAUAAUUAAGGAGCUGGAGAUUGAUGGAGUACCUGGCUUUCCUCCUGGUUCAACUUACUCUUUUGCAUACGGAAUUAAUGUCCUACAUGGAGCUGGGGGAGAGAAUAGAAAGAAAAUUCUUCAAGCUAUCCAGUUUGUACUUGAUCCUAUGUACUGGCCAAAGUCCCUGUACAAUGUAAUGGAUCCACUUGUGAGGGAGGAUGCGUUCAUUGAGAUUCGCAUUGAAAUGGAUUUGAAGUAUCUGAAAUUGCGAAGGUCUCUGCAUGAUCCUUCAAAGGGUUCUAUUAAUGGACAGAGAAUGGCUGUGGAGGAUUUUUACCAGACAAUGGCUGCUGAGUGUAUAACUCCUCAAAUUGUCCUGUUUGAUGGAAAUCUUCUUGUUUUUAUGAGAGAUUUUAGUGAGGAGAAUUGGUUGAAUUGGUUGAAGAUGGAACUGGAUCUUGUGUACAGUUUGGAUGAGGAAUUUGGAGAAAAGCUGGAUUUAGUUGAGAAGGGUAAGCGAAAGGCUACCUCGCUCCUGGCUUAUACUUCUGAGAGAUUGAAUCAUAUUGGGAAGUGUAUUGAGGUGGAGGAAAAUCUGGAGAUCCUACGUGCUGUUCGUGCAAAGAAAUGCUAUCAAGAAAUUAAACAGAUAGUCAAGGAUUUUUUGCAAGAGAAAAAAAAUGUUAUGUCCAGAGAAAGCCAGGCUGAACUGCUUCUGAGUAAGCUUUAUGUUGAAAGAUUGGGAACAGAGGCUUCAAUUUUUAUGCUUAAUACGGAAAGAUCAGUGAUUGAAAUUCAGAAGGCUCUGUGUCAGGAUUUUUCAUUUGAAGAUGAUCGAGGAGAUGGUAAUAUUGUCGAUUUGAUGGAUCUACUGGCUGAAGUAGUAGACAAUGUUGAAGUUUGCAUAGGGAAAAUCCAAUCUGAUUCCGUAGUUCCUGACGUGGAAUCAAGAAACUACAAAAUUCAGUUGUUUACGAUGUGCCUGGAACGUCCUCAAGUCGCAAGAUCCUUAGAGCUUGAAAAGAACUUGUUGAAUAAGCGUCCAGGAUUCGAGCGUGAUUUCCGCAAUUCUUUAACGGAGAUCCGUAAAACUUGGAAGGAGAUUGAGAAGAAAAUCGCAAAGUCGCAAGAUCACUAUCAAUAG